GCAGGUUUGGUGUGGGGACACAGAAUGGAGUCAGUUGUGGUCCCCGCCCUGGACUUGCUCCCGGCCUGGGGCGGGAGACGGACGCCCCCAAACAGCACCGUGUCAACAGUGGGCACGGAGACGCUUCAUCCGGGGCCGGAGCGGGGCUGGUCCGGGAAGGCUUCUCGGAGCUGGAGGCAGAAAAGGGGAGGCGGGCGAAGUCAGAGCAUGCGCAAAAGUGCGCAUCCCCAGGACGAGGCUGGCCGAGAAGGGCCCUGAAUGCCAGGCUGUGGCGGAGAGCGUGGCCGACCCCCGAUAUCCACUCUCCCUCCCACAGUAACCACACGGCGGCUUGGAAUACAGACUACAUUUCCCAGCCUCCCUUCUGUCUGGGGGUCAUGUGACUAAUGUGGCCAAUAGGGUGCGAGCAAAAGUAUAGCGGGUUCAGGGAGGUUCCUGUAAAGGGCGGUGGUGUGCCCUCUCCUCUACCUGCUCCCCUAUUCCAUUGGCCGGAAGGCGAUCAUGGAAAACAGCCCAGGAAUGAUGGAACAAGACAGAAGGAAUGUGUGUGCCUGAUGCCGAGAGGCGCCAGCCCCUGGAUGCUUUUAUGUGUGAAUUCUUCUAUGAGGGUGCUGUGGAGAUCACCACCGCCACGUGAUUGAUGACGGUGAUUACAAGGCCCUGAUCUACUUGGGGGACCCUCCCGGCAUGUGACAGGAGACAUCCACAGCGAUUAGUCGGGGGCCUCACAGGAGCUGCUUGCUGGCUCCCAGGCGUGUCACGGCAGUGGGUUCUGAGCCAUCACUCUUCCUACGGUGGAUGAGGAGGCCCAGAUGCGCCUGGCAAAAUGAUGUACAAGAAAGACUCAUGCGUCUUGCUCCAAUUAAGAUGUUGGAAGAGAAGAGAGUCUAAUUGUCCCACAAUUACCUUUAUUUAUCAAACUCAGAAUGAAGUGUGAUUAUGAAGUGUCUCAGGAGAAGAGUGCAGAGUUGGGGAUGGUCCAGGCCCUGCCUGGCGUCCCAGCCGCUGCGGGGGAGGAAGGACAGCCACGGCGGCACCUGCGGAUGGCCUCCCUAUGGAGGAAGCCAGGUAGAUGAGCAAGGUGAGUUCUGGCUCCCGCUGUGCCACCGGAUUGCAGGGGACUUUGUCCCUUCCCCCAGCAUCUGGGACAGACCUCCAGCAGAUUUUCCAUAAACGUUUGUUGAAUCUGUGGGUGACAGGUAAGGCGACUUAGGCUCAUGAGGGUUCAGUAAUUUACCCGAGGACACACAGUCAAUAAUUCUCAGAGCCACAAAUCAGUGUGUUUGACCGAAUGGAGUUCAAGUGCUUUGAAACACAGGACCAAGGAUAAGCUGUAGACGUUGGUUUAUCAUUGCACAGUCACACACCCACGAUAGACGGAGGACCACUUGGAUGCAUCAGAAUAAACGUUCAGAAAGAAAAGAAUGAACGAACUGAUUAUAUGCCAGGCGCUGUUUUAUGCACCAGUGCUGCAGGUAUCUGUGAAACACCAUCUCUAAUUUCAAGAAACAGUCUAGUGGGGAGACAGAGCUGGCAAGGCAGUGUGACAUGUGCGGUAAAUGCAGAAUGUCCGGGUCCCGCAGGUGGUUGGACCAGGGUGGGGGCCAGGAAGAAUUUCCUGGAGUGCUUGACAUUUGGGAGCAGUCUCAAAGGAUGAGGGAGGGAUGGGAUAGAUAAGCCAAGGAGAAAAGCCUGUGCAAAGGCCCUGGGGGUGAAAAGGUUGACCCUGCCGGGCUGACCUGUCUGUGUGCAGGUGGGCACUGGAAGCUGUGGGAUGGGAAGUGGUGACCCUGGGCUGGCCCCGGCCCUGCCUGCUGGGCCAGCCAUCCACUCUGAACUUGCAGACUCCGGAGGCCCCUGGCCGCUGCCACACCCUGCCAGCUCCCGUGGCACGAGAGAGGAGGAGGAAGCAAUCUUAGUUUGCUCAGUUUCCUGUGGUCCUUCCGUAAUCCCUGUGCUGGCUCCAAGGAGCAAUGGCUCAAGAUAGCUUUCCACAGCAGGAUGGAUGGCGGGCCACAGACGGGCUUUUCCGACCUGGGGCUCCUUUUGUAUCCGUGUGUUGGCUGCUGCCUGGCCACAGCCCGUGCAUGCCCAGCUGUGGCCGAGCGGGCAAGAACCAAGGAGGGCUGGCAUUUGUAGAGGACGGACUAGGAGCUACACACAGUCCUGGGGGCUUUCACACAUGGUCUUCUCACCAACUCCUCAUUGCAGCCUAGAGGUGGCGCUGUUAUCCCCAUUUUGUAGAUGAGAAGGCAAAUGCUCAGGGGGGUUAGGAAGCGGGGCCAACAUUUAGACCAAGAUUGUCUUGGUCCACUGUGUCAGGACCAGCCAAGCAACUAAAGGCAAAUGUUGGUCCUACCGGUAGGUCCAGGGUGUGUGAAAUAGGGAGUGGGCAUGAGGGCCUGGGGGAAAGUGCUGGAAAAGUUCAGUUCUCCUCAACUAAUUCUGACUUUGAGUGCCUUGAGUGGCCCUUCAUAGGAAGACAAUAACACUGCUGAUGGUCCUUUAUAUUUUAAUAUAUGGUAUAUUCAUACAUGCACUCAUCCAACUCUCCAUAUCCAUGUCCAUCCAUCCAUCCACCCAUCCUCCCAUCCAUCCAUCCAUCCAGCCAUCCAUCCAUCCAUCCAUCUACUCAUCCAUCCAUCCAUCCACCCAUUCAUCCAUCCAUCCAUCCACCCAUUCUCCCAUCCAGCCAUUCAUCCAUCCAUCCAUUCAUCAUCCACCCAUCCAUCCAUCUACUCAUCCAUCCAUCCACCCAUCUAUCCAUCCAGCCAUUCUCCCAUCCAUCCAGCCAUUUAUCCAUCCAUCCUCCCAUCCAUCCAAUCACCCAUCCAUCCAUCUAUUCAGCCAUCCAUCCAUCCAUCCAUCUACCCAUUCUCCCAUCCAUCCAUCCAGCCAUUCAUCCAUCCAUCAUCCAUCCAUCCACCCAUCCUCCCAUCCAUCCAUCCAUCCAUCCAUCCAUCCAUCCAUCUACUCAUCCAUCCAUUCAUCCAUCCAUACAUCCAUCCAUCCUCCCAUCCAUCCAUCCAUCCAUCCAUCCUCCCAUCCAUCCAUCUACCCAUCCAUCCAUCCAUCUACCCAUUCUCCCAACCAUCCAUCCACCCAUCCAUCCAUCCAUCUACCCAUUCUCCCAUCCAUCCAGCCAUUUAUCCAUCCAUCCUCCCAUCGAUCCAUCUACUCACCCAUCCAUGUAUGCAUCCAUCCAUCCACCCAUCCAUGCAUGCAUGCAUGCAUGCAUGCAUCCAUCCAUCCAUCCAUCUACCCAUUCUUCCAUCCAUCCAUCCAUCCAUCCAUCCUCCCAUCCAUCCAUCCAUCCACCCAUCCAUCUACUCAUCCAUCCUCCCAUCCAUCCAUCCAUCCACCCAUCCAUCUACUCAUCCAUCCAUCCAUCCAUCCACCCAUUCUCCCAUCCAUCCAGCCAUUUAUCCAUCCAUCCUCCCAUCGAUCCAUCUACUCACCCAUCCAUGCAUGCAUACAUCCAUCCAUCCAUCCAUCCACCCAUCCAUCCAUCCAUCCACCCAUCCAUCCAUCCACCCAUCCAUCCACCCAUUCUCCCAUCCACCUAUCCACCCAUACAUACAUACACCCAUCUAUCCAUCUACCCAUCCAUUCAUCUACCCAUUCCCCCAGCCAUCCAGCCAUUCAUCCAUCCAUCUACCCAUUGUCCCAUCCAUCCACCCACUGAUCCAUCUACUCAUCCAUCCAUCCAUCCAUCCAUGCAUCCUUCCACCCCCCCCACCCCCUACUACACACACAUUGGUUAAUUUAGUGUUUUAAUGAGGAACUGUGAGAACCCAGGGUCUUUCUAUAUUUUUGCUCUGUGGUCCUCAGAACAUCAGGCUUUUGUCCCCAUCUUUGCUCCUCAUGGCCGCAGGAUCUCUGAGCGUCUCUCCUCACACAUCAGUGUUCAGAAGCCAGAAGAGAGAACAUUCCCUCUCUGUGUUUCUUUAAUGAGGAAAACUUUCCUGAGGGAUCCCUGGGAGACUUCCUCUCAUGUCUCCUGGGUCAGAAUUGCAUCACAUGGCUCUUCCAAAACAGCUCUCUGGCAAGGUGAAAGGUAUCCCCACGAUGGCCGUAAACUAAACAAGAUGUGUCACUGGCGGGCGGGGAGGGGCUCAGAUCUCCUUGUAUAGGCUGCCAGAGACUCUAGGGGAAUUGGGAUUCAUUUAGCAAGGAGGAAGGAAGGGGAAGAGGGAGGUAGCUGAUGAGUAGGCAAAUGUGUCAGCCACUCCAUCCAUCUUCCCAUUCGCUCAUCUGCACAGCGAUUCAUCCAUAUAUCCCCCAUUUAUCCAUCCAUGCGUCCAUUCAUCUAUCAAACGUUUAUUGAUGCCCACUGAGAGCCAGGCCCUCUGCUCCUCAUCUGGUGGGAACUCACAAGAAAAAGAUCUCGUUAGGGAGAAAUAUGGAGUUUCCCAUCACACCUCUGAUAACUGCUUUAUUUAAGUCCCAGUAAGAAUCAUAUCUGGAGAUCGUGCUGUGCAUUGCAGUUUGUGAAGACCUCCCAGGACCACUCCUUCAUUCCACACACGUUUAUUAAGCAUCUGCCACAGCCAGGCACAGCUUUUUAGUUUUACAAAGUGCUUUUUCCUGCAUUUGUCAGGGAGAGCGCUCUAAAGCCAGAGACCAAGUGUAUUUUGGAGGCAGGAAUGAAGCGUCCCUCAGGCCUUCUUCAGAGCCAAGGGCGGGGAGUCUCCUGGGGUCAGGGUUGUUGACGGGGUGGGCUUCCCCUGGGGUGAGGGAGAAAGUGUUUUCCAGAGACAGGUCAGGGCCUUUCUAGAACUAAACAGACAGCAUUUUUUAGGGCUGGAAGUCAGCGUUGUUCAGGGCUAGGGUGGGGUUUCUGCGUCCACAGGUUAUGUCUUCUGGGUGUCACCCUGUCCCAGGGUGUCUUCUGGGCCAGGUAUGAUGGAAUCGUACUUUCCAGUACAAAGUGGGCAUCUCUCCUAGUCCCGAGGGGAGGUGCAGAUCUUCCCUCUGAGAAGCCAGGCAGUGUCCCCCAGCCCUCUAGGGGCGGUGGAGUUGGUAAAUGUAACUUGGCCUUUGACACGAAUGCCUCCAUUUUGGUCAGGCCCACUUGCCUCCUCACCCUUCACCUCCCAGGACACUCAGAGCCUGUAACCGGUCUGUGCAACAUCUCAGGAUCUCCAUAUCUACCUGAUAUCCCACCGACCCUCAUCAUCCCACGUUCUACCUCCUGGGUCCCUCUCUACUCAGACCCAGGGAUGCAGGGCAGUGUCGCUGUAAGAACAAUUACUUCCACUCAUGUGUCAGCUAGAAAAUGGGCCUCGCCUCCCAGGUGAUCAAAUUCUAGGCCUUCCAGAUGAGAAGAAAUACCUUGAAUUAUGUAUGUAUACUUAAGGUCAUUAGGAUAAUGGCAGGACACAUGAGGACAUGAGGAAUGUCCGUUUUUCAGAACAUUCUUGCCUUCCGUGUCCUCUCAACCGUGUCCACUCUUGGUUGAG